AUGGACAUGAUAGACGGGGAUAGCUUUAAUGCUACCCGCAUUACAAUUCUUGCUGCAACUUUUGCCAUCACAUUACUUUUGCGUAGUAAACGUCGUAGAAUUUGUAGAGAACCUUCUCGUGCUCGAGCAGAGAUUAGAGAAAAAUAUUUAUCAAGACUAAUUGAUGGAAAUGACACGACUAGUAUCAACAUGGUCCGACAUAAUCAACGUAACCGUGUCAUUGCACACAACUUCCUCAGAUCAGGUGAGACUGUUAGCAGGUAUUUCAAUCAUGUUUUAUACGCAAUUGGUCAAUUGCGUGAUGAAUAUGUGCUUCCACCUAGUACACAAACUCCAGCAUGGAACCCAUAUCCAUGCUUCUGUUCUCCAGCAUUUGACGUUGCAGCAUUUCGUGGGCGAAAAGCAUACCCCACACAAAAUGUGCUGGCUGCUAUUGACUUUAACUUACGUUUUACGUAUGUUCUUGCUGGUUGGGAAGGUUCAACACAUGAUGCUCUAGUUUUACGUGAUGCACUCGAGAGACCAAAUGGCCUAUCAGGGAAGUAUUACUUAGUUGAUGCUGGAUACUCAACGAGACCGGGUUUUAUAUCCCCUUAUAGGGGUGUUAGAUACCAUCUCAAAGAGUUUGGCUCACGGACACCAACAAACCAUAAAGAACUUUUUAACCUUCGUCACUCAUCAGCUAGUACGACUAUUGAAAGAGCUUUUGGUUCUCUUAAGGGACGAUUCAAAGUUUUAUCAUCAAGACCGUUCUUUCCAUUUAAAACUCAAGCUGAAUUGGUUUUGGCCACAUGCAUUUUGCAUAAUUAUAUUAUAAGUGGCAGCGAAGAUAUUUUAAUACCUUUUGAGGAAGAAUGGAUACCACAACAGCCACAAUCAGAAAGUAAUAUAAGAGAACAAAGGGAAGAGGCCCAAGAGUGGGUGGCACGUAGAGAACAGAUUGCAUGUGAUAUGCGGGCAAACAAGUAG